AUGUCAGGAGAACUUUGCGACUCGGAAUUCGGCGAAAUGCAGGAUCGCUCCUCUGAGCCCCUAGCGGACGUCGGCCGACUGGUGACCCAUUCUGCGAAUACGCGGAGGAAGACGCGGAGUCGGAUGACUACUGCGUGCAACGCUUGCAGAGCCAGACGAACAAAGUGCGAUGGCCGUAAGCCGGCCUGCACGUUUUGCCAUGGCCGCAACAUUGUGUGUCACUAUGAGCAUAAUGCCACUGGCCAUUCAUCCAGGGUUGAAAAUGAGCUUGCCGCCAUCAACCAGCGCCUUGAACAUAUCACCAGCCUUCUGCCGUCCAGCCAAGGGCAGUGCUGCAAUAAUACGCCUCGAGUCUCCACGGCCACGGCAACGGCACCGGGCCAAGCCAACGAUGUGUUUACCGGCCAGGAGAAGUUGCCGUUCCAGCUCCUGGGAACAGCCUCAAUAAUGACCAUUCUGGGCCUCGAGCCCGGCUUUUCCCAAGACCUCAUCAGACUGGAAAAGGCUGUCACUCUCACUGGCACCGGCAAUACAAUUCGAUUGCGUGUGAUACGGCAACAGGAGGCUAUUGAGUCACUCGCUGCGUUUUCGACAUAUGUCCACAGCUGGUACCCGGUGUUGCGCCCAGGCUUCUCCGAACGCUACUUUGGUGUCAUUACUGGGCCUCUGACCCCGUGCCCAGAGUCGUGUCUCGUGCUGCUCGUUACCGCAAUUGGUGCCCUUGCUCGGCAGGAUCAUGCCUUGGGAGGUGUCUCGCACGACGGCAGCGAUAUUAGUGAACACUACUUGGACGUUGCUAUGAUCUCGCUCCCUACGGUUCUUGCCGACAGCAGCAUUGAGAGCGUGCAGUCCCUCGUCCUGCUGAGCAUUUACUACAACUGUCUUUCCAGGCCAUGGCAGGCCUAUCAGUACGCCAUGAUUGCGUCGUUCAAGGUCCAGAAUCUGCUCAAGUGUAUGGACGAGAGCGACCGAGACGGCGAACUGGGUGAGCACGCGAGGAGGGCGUACUGGGCCGUUCUCCUCGUGGAAAGCGAGCUCUGCGCUCACUUUGACGUGGUGGACAGUGGUAUCUGGAAAUAUGACGACGAACUCGCUCUACCCGACAGUCGCCGUACGUGGCAAUUUGAUGUCGAGGAGGGUUCACCCGAAAGCAUAACCACACCACCAACAAGAAACAUUUUGGCUGCGAACCUGCAUAGCUCCGACAAGACACAUUCCUAUUUCUUGGCCGAGAUAUCGAUGCGGCGAAUGCUACACCGCUGCAACACGGCCAUUCGACGAACAACGGAAGGAGAAAUCGUGUAUGCCGCAAAUAUUGCGCUGGAGCUCGAGCUCCAGCUUGACGAUUGGUACGGAUAUCUACCAGAGAUCGUCCGCUUCCAUGACCAUGAUUUGAACAUGUUCGCAUCCGCAACCGGCUUUCCUGCUACCGAGGCGCUCGGCAAUUUUUUGCGGGUGCAAUACUACUGUUGCAAAAUAUCCAUCUACUGGCCCGCCGUGUAUCAAAGCAUACGAGACGGAACGGCUACCAACACGGCGCUCAAGCACUGCGAGCGUUUUUUCCACGCUUACACCUUGAUGAUGCCGAGUAUGGUCACAUGCAUCCGUGACUGCUUUGUCAAUCGAUGGACUCUUUAUUCCACCAUUUUCAUGACGUCUAUGGCCGUCAUACGCGCGGCUGAGGUUCCAUGCCUGUCCCGCGGCUGCGCUGUGGACUGGGAGCGGAUUCUCCAGUGUCUCAGAUUAACAGAGGGGGUGGACCGACGGGUCAUCCAAGCCAGUCCAUCCCUAACACUUCUCGACAGUGUGCUUGCCCUGAGGUUGUCUAAAAUACAGUCUCUUGGAACGAGGAGCGAGGAACAGUGA